CGACAACUUGACCCAAAUAUUGGCGCGAGCAGCACUAUUGAAGACCUUGAGACUCAGGUUUUCCAAAAGACAUUUUCACUCAGAGCUUUUAGCAACAUAUCAUUCGAAUUGGGUCCUGGGGUGAAAUUUAGCGUGGCUGUUUAUGCAUUAGCAAGCGAGGCUCGUCCACCUGCAAAGGAAUAUGUUGACUAUGAUACGGAGGCUCCCGUAGAGAAACGGCAAACUGAUGUGCUGGAAGACACAAAAUGGCUAGAAGAAGAAAUCGACAACCGGACGCGCGCCAAAUUCGAGUUGAAGAAGGCAAUCAAAAUUGGUGGAGAAUGCAUAGUCAGCGAGCAAAGUGAGAUUGAGGAGUUGGGUAGAUUUGAUGCAAAAGGAAUCGUUCUACUUGGAUUUAGACCAAUAUCCGAGGUUAACCUUAUGAAUCAUAUCCAGCCUUCCCGAUUCAUAUAUCCCGAUGAAAGUAAUGUUCUUGGCUCUGCUUGCCUCUAUCGUGCUUUACUAGAACGAUGCUGGGAAAGAAAGAUGGCUAUGAUUUGUCGCUUCUGUUCACGAGCUAAUCAAAAAGUGCGUCUAGUCGCUCUUGUACCGCAUAUGUCCCAUAAAACCGAAAACAGAACCGAUACUAUCCGAGACUACGAUUUUGAUGGAUUCCAUGUGAUUUUCCUACCUUUCGCCGAAGAUGUGCGAGAUGUUUCGGAGAAGAUGAAGUGUCCGCAGGGCGAAUGGCCGCAUCCAUCUAAAUCCGAUGUCCAUGUUGCUUCAGCCUUUGUGAAGAAGCUGACUGGUUCAUACAAUCCAUCACAAUACGAAAAUCCAAGGCUGCAAUCUUUCUAUGCAAUGAUUAUCGAGAAUGUUGUUGGAGAGCAGAUUGUGAAGCCAACAGACACGUUAUUACCCUACCAUGCUCGACCUGAAUGGGCUGCUAGAGUUAAGAAAGAGUCAGAGUCUCUUAUAAAACAUUUCCAUUUGAACGAAUUGGAGAGCAUGACCACGUCCACAGGCAGAAAAAGAGCAGAUGACUCCUCACACAAUGGCGUUCGCAGUAAGAAGGCAAAAGCUGAUGUGGCCGAAAUGGACACUCAUGAGAUGGCAAAGAAGGGCUUACUAGACACCCUAACCGUUGCCCAACUACGCGCUGCUAUCGGGGAACACCUUGCAUGUACAGUGAAACAAGGUACAAAGAAAGCAGAAUUGGUUGCAAUGCUUAAAAAACACUUUAAAGUUUGA